AUGAAGUUCUCUACUGCAACUCUCAGCGCUACGCUCCUAGCUACUGGUGCUCUUGCAGCCCCUCUGACAUCCCAGCGUCAGGCUCGUAACCUUGCACGCCGUGCUGCAGGGACUCGCCACAGCCACCCUCCCUACAAGCCCAACACCGAGGAGCCUCUCCAGCUGAACGCUACUUCCCACGAAGAGUACAGCUCCAACUGGGCGGGUGCGGUUCUCAUCGGCACUGGCUACACCGCAGUAACGGCUGAAUUUGUGGUCCCGCUCCCUUCUCCCCCCAGCGGCGGCUCCCCUUUCGAGCAAUACUGCGCCUCCGCAUGGGUGGGAAUCGACGGCGAUACCUGCAGCUCUGCGAUUCUCCAGACGGGUGUCGACUUCUGUGUCCAGGGAAACACUGUCUCCUAUGAUGCCUGGUACGAGUGGUACCCCGACUAUGCCUACAACUUCAACGGUAUCAGCAUUUCCACGGGCGAUACCAUCCGGGUGACCGUGGACGCUUCGUCCAAGACCACUGGCAUUGCCACGGUGGAGAACGUGUCCAACGGUCAAUCGGUGACUCACCGGUUCAAUGGGGGUGUGGACGGCGACCUGUGCGAGUAUAAUGCGGAAUGGAUUGUCGAGGACUUCGAGUCUGGCAGCUCGCUGGUGCCUUUUGCGGACUUUGGGACUGUCACUUUCCAGAAUGCUGUUGCUAGCAAGGGAGGUUAUUCGGUGGGACCCGCCGGUGCGACGCUCCUGGAUAUCGAGCAGGGGAACCAGGUCCUUACCUCUAGCUCCAAGACCUCGAGCAGUGUUACGGUGAGAUAUGUUUGA